AUGGCAGCUGACCUCUCUGCGUACCAAGCAGUGCAGGUGAGUGCAAUCAAACUUAUUCAGGACGCUUUCCGUUCCGCACCGGAUCUGCGGCCGCUUGUCCCGGUCGACGCGAUGGCGCCGAUCGCGGCGGUGUGCCUCGGCAUGGCCUUUGUGCUUGCCUUUUACUUUACGAUGCUCCCGGGAGGCAAACUCUCGCUGAGCAAGAACGUUGUGGGUCUCGUGGGUAGCCUGUUUGCGGGCGCUGGCGUCGUCGCCCUCUUUAACGCUGUGGGCGUGUACGUAUAG